AUGGGUACAGAAGAUGGCAUGGAGGAUCCAGACGGUGGUAAAUUUUGCGAAGUCAUUGAUGCUUUGAAUAGGGUGAUAUUAUCGGUAAAGGCUAUGGAUAAGAAGGAUGGAGAUUGUGCAAUAUGUGAUAGCGCCAUCAGCGCUACGACUGGGAAUGAUGUUAUUCGAUUAUAUUCCUAUCUUCUCGGAUGCAUAUCAAACCAUGUGGCCAAUAUUCUCCCGCUUGAUUUUAAGGAUCUUUUUAUCGUAGAAAGCUUUGUUCUUGACAACAUUUGUGAGAAAAAGAUGCUUGACUUCAAUAAGAUUUUUGAAGAAGGAAAAGGAUCUCCUGAGGCGGUAAGGAGGGAGAUAUUAGAAGCUACUAAAGGAUGUCUGCUAAACAAUCUCAUAAACAUAGACUGUGAACAAGAGUUGGAAUCUCUCCUAUACAUGACCUACGAGAUGUGCAUGGAUUCUAGCAUUGAGGGCUUCACCCUGAAGGAAAUAGAGCUUCUUCUUGCAGUUCUGUUUAGAAGAUCUGAAUCUUCGAGAUUCUUCAAGAUCUUUAACCGAAGUAAAAAAAGCAAGGGGUUAUUGAGGCUAGGGCUUCUCAUGAGCCUUAAGGAUGGCGACGACACAACACUAGACAGGUUACUGAGAAGCUACAGCGAGCACGAUCUUUUACCUGAGAGUUAUUUUCUAAAUGACAGCGAGGGCCUUCUUAAAAGAUCCAUUGAUGUUGAUUGGAUAAUGUCUGUAGAGGAUAACGCAGAAUGGGUUUCUCUCAGAAGAAAGGAGAUGGAGUGGGAGGAGUGUGUUCGUUUUUGGGCUGCAAACAGGGAGGGGUGCUCAGAAGCACUUAACAAGUCCAUGAUGGAUCUGUGUAUCAAACAUGGAAAAUACGAGGAAGGAUGGGUUGUUUACUCCCGAGGAUGCAAAAAAACGCCGUAUGUCAUUCAUAAGGCAUGCCUUCUUGCACUGAAAGGAUUGAAGGAGACUAAUGAUUGCAAAUGGACCUCAAGAUUGUUUGAGGUGGUAGAGGCCUCAGCGCCAGAGGAAGAUGAUGCGAAAUACUUGGUUGCAAACGACAUCAUCGAAAACCUAUCAUCUCUUCCCGAAAAUGUGCGGAACCUUGUUCUGAAGGAGUUCAUAACCAAAAUGGAUCUUCUUGAUAAGAAUGAAGAGAUUGUAAACUUGGUAAUAAGAGGGCUUCUUUCUCUUUGCAAGAAGUGCGAAAGUGAUCAGGAAUCAUAUACUUCUUUUGGGGACUAUGCAGAUCUUUUAUACACCAAGUGGAAAAAGCAUAAGCUCUGCGGAAGAUAUACACCGGAAAGCCGCGACCAGAUUGAAUCUGAAAUAUACUCUAACGUAUUGAGUGUCUUCGACACUUUGCAUGAUAAGGAGAAGGUACUUGGUGUGUGUAGAGACGUCGUCAAUAGCAAUACAAAGAUAACCAAGGAACUCUGCUCUAAGAUCCAGUCAUUCCAUAAAGGGAAUCUCAAGUCCUCCAAAACAGAGCCCACCUCCUUGGAACAAUACUCCAUAUUAGAGCGAUUGGUAUCAUUUGUUUUGCAAAAGCAUUAA